UCCUUCUGUCAGAUCACAGCCGACACUCCUUUCUCUCUCUACUUUCUCUCUCUACUUUCUUAAAAGAGCUUCUCUGUCGGCAGAAUCAGAAGCCAUUCUCGCGGAUUUUGGAGCUUCAUCCGCCAUUGGAGUGCCAAAUCUCUGGUUUCGGAUUCAUGCACUUCGUUUCCGAGCCUGAAAUCGGGAUUUUAAGGCCUUUUUUUUUCUUGAUUUUUCCUUAAUGGGGUAACAGAGCAGAAUCUGCUGCAUUUUCUUCUUUCAGAGGUCUGUUUUUGGGGUUUGAAGAUUGAGCCUUGGCGAUGGACCAGAAGACGUGGCUUUGGAGGAAGAAGUCAUCAGAGAAGAUAACUGUUUCCAGUGAUAAAGUGAAUGUUUCUGUCAAUAAGAAUGAAGAAGAGACACUUCUUAUUGACAAAGCUCGGUUGGAGAAAGAUCUUGAGAUUGCAAAUGAUAAACUCUCUGUAGCUCUCUCUGAGUGUAGGACAAAGGAUGAACUUGUGAAGAAACUUACAAACAUGGAACAGGAAGCCAUUGCCGGAUGGGAAAAGGCGAAAUCUGAAGCGGCAACUUUGAAGCAAGAACUAAAUGAUGCUGUACAGAAGAGAUUUGCUGGUGAAGAGAGAGUGAUUCAUCUAGAUGCAGCUCUAAAGGAAUGCAUGCAGCAGCUACGGUUUGUUCGAGAAGAGCAGGAGCAAAGGAUUCAUGAUGCGGUCUCAAAGACAUCAAAUGAAUUUGAAAAGACUCAAAAGAUUUUGGAGGAGAAGUUAGCUGAUACAGGUAAAAGGCUUUCGAAACUGGGCGGCGAGAACACUCAACUUAGCAAGGCUUUAUUGGUGAAGGAAAAGAUGAUUGAAGAUCUAAAUAGACAGUUGGCUGGUGUGGAGGCGGAUCUUAAUGGAUUAGUAUCUAGAUUAGAAUCCAUAGAGAAAGAAAAUGCUACCUUUAAAUAUGAAGUCCGAGUGCUUGAGAAGGAGGUCGAGAUUCGGAAUGAGGAGAGAGAAUUCAACCGACGAACUGCAGAUGCAUCACAUAAGCAACACUUAGAGAGUGUGAAAAAGAUUGCAAAACUCGAAUCGGAGUGCCAGAGGCUGCGCCUCCUUGUCCGAAAGAGGUUGCCAGGUCCUGCAGCCUUGGUAAAGAUGAAAAACGAAGUCGAAAUGCUAGGAAGGGAUUCAUUUGAGAUCAGAAGACGACACUUGAAUCCAACGGGUUCUUUGGACUCUUCACUAGAGAACUCUCCAGAGACUCCCAACAAACGUAUUAGUGUUCUGACUUCUCGAGUGUCAGUUUUGGAAGAAGAGAACAGUGCUCUAAAGGAAGCUCUCAACAAAAAGAACAAUGAACUUCAAGUUGCAAAAAGCAUCCACGCCCGUGCAUCUCCCAAAUCGUUACAAGUCGAGUCGCCUCGAGAAUUAUCAAAUGGUCAUAAAAUCAUGGAAUCAGGAAAGAGUAUAACAUUACCUGAGCUCCCUCUUGCUUCGAUGUCCGAUGCUGGGAGCGAUGAUAAGGUUAGCUCUGCUGAAUCAUGGGCUUCUGCGAUGAUUUCAGACCUGGAGCACUUCAAACAUGGGAAGCAUAAAGGGUCAAUAACAUGUAAAAUAGUUGGAUCUUCAGAUUUGGAUCUGAUGGAUGACUUUGUUGAAAUGGAAAAAUUGGCUAUUGUCUCUGUUGAAAAACCUGCUGGAAAUUCUCAGAUACUUUCAAAUGAAGUUAAUGGAAAACCCAAGGCCUUGGAAACUGAGCAAAAUGGCUGUUGCCCUGAAUCUAAGGAGACAGUCCCAGAUACCAUGUCUGGAGAUAUAUCAAAGGGUGAAGUUCCUGAUUGGAUUCAAAGUAUCUUGAAAAUGGUAUUUGACCAAAGCAGUUUCUCCCGAAGAGAUCCGGAACAAAUACUGGAGGAUAUUCGAGCAGCGAUAAAAUGCCAGAAUCGUGAAAAUUAUAUUGAUACAAAAGAGAAUGCAAAUCAUUGUGAUGAACCUAAUCUCCCUGGCAGCGACUUGCAGAAGCCUUUGGGGACAGAUCCAGUGAGUGAAGUGAAUGACAUUGACAUCACUUCAGUGAAGAAGCAUAACCAGCAUCAGGUGGAUCUACAGGGUUCGAUAUCGAGAUUGAUUGAGCUUGUAGAAGGGAUUAGUGUGUCAUCUUCAGAUGAGGAUAACUCUUCCUGCAGAAAGGAUGGUUUCUAUUCAGAAACACCUACGGGCUUUAUGGUACGAGUUUUCCAAUGGAAAACGUUGGAACUGAACACUAUUUUGAAGCAGUUUAUACAUGAUUGUUAUGAUCUGUUGAAUGGGAAGGCAGAUCUAGGUAAUUUUCUGCAAGAAAUAAACUCUACCUUGGAUUGGAUUAUGAACCAUUGCUUUUCACUUCAAGAUGUUUCAAGCAUGAGAGACUCCAUAAAGAAGCGUUUCGAUUGGGAUGAGUCACGCAGUGACUGUGAACUGGAAACCGGAACGACAGUUCAUGUUCCAGAAGUUGAUAGACCACGUGUCCUUAGAGAACAGUUUUCAUGGUAUAGCGUCCCAACCGGAGAGGUGCAACCUGCCUUGACAGAAGGAAAUAGAAAACUGAAAGAAGAGCUAACGAUUGUAGAAUCUACAAAGAAAGACCUUGAAGCGAAGUUGCAGUCUACUACCAUUAAAAUUGAAACGCUAACAAAUCAACUUCAAGAAUCAGAAAAGAAAGUUGUCAACUUGCGGAAGGAAUUAGAAACCCUUACAGAAUCGAAGGGAUCAAUCGAAGGCCAAAUUGUCAAUCAGAAUUUGGUGAAUCAAGAUCUAGAAGCACAGCUUAUGGCAGCUAGAACUGAACUAAAUGAGACCCGCAGAAAGGUUGCAGCUCUAGAAGUGGAAUUGGACAACAAAAACAAUUGCUUUGAAGAAUUAGAGGCCACAUGCCUUGAACUGCAACUUCAGCUGGAAAGCACAAAGAAACUAAACCCAAACACCGAUCUCGGUCAGGAAGAGAAGCAACUACGCACGGAAUGGGAGAUAACAACUGCUUCUGAAAAAUUAGCAGAGUGCCAAGAGACGAUUCUUAACCUCGGCAAGCAGUUGAAGGCACUGGCUACACCCAAGGAAGCUGCACUUUUAGACAAGGUGAUCACUACUGCAAAUGAUGAAACACAAACUUGUAGCAUCUCCACCACCACAACCACCCCCGUAACAGACAUGGCCCCGACCCCAACCCCGACUGUUUCCAGUAUCAAGAUGACAAAUAACCGGUUCUCUCUACUAGAUCAAAUGCUGGCCGAGGACGACGCCACCACUAGAGAUCAUAAGUUUCCAAAGCCUAUAGAAGUCGAUGGAAAUCCCACUUCGACGUUGGAUCCUGAUAAGGUGGUUGAUCCGCACAAAGCAAUCCUCAUAUGGAAUGGACAUAGAGAUUCGGUUGGUAGUUUGGCUAUCGUUCCGAGCAGAAAGCGGGGAGACGGUGGAUUGUGGAGGAAGCUCCUAUGGAGAAAGAAGAAAGUCAAGAGCCAGAAGAAAGCCCUUCUAUUUGCCUCGUAAGAAGAGGGAGCAGUGAACUAUAUAACAAGUUAAUGACAAGAUUGGCAGCCAAGGUUACUUCUUUGACUUGUGCUUUUUGUUUUGUUCUUCACUGUUGAUUGUUGUUUGGUUUGUUGCACCACUAGGAAGGGCAGAUAAUAAGGGGUUUUGGGUGUUUUUGCUAAUUUGCCAAGUUUUUUUGUGAUGCUUGAAUGUUAAUUGCUGAUGUACAUAUGUAAACCCAUGCCUAAACAGCAUACCACUUUGUAUCCAUUUGAUGAACAUAUAACCUUACCAAUGAAUGUUGACGUUGUGUAAAUUUGUUA